AUGGGUUACUUGUUUCUAACACUGAUUGUUGGGCUAUUGGUCACUCUAUCCUACGGGUACGACUGGCCAAUCAUCGAUGGCUACCCGUGCCCUCAGGAGGACAUCGACAAUACCGGGUGUCGGGGCCCGAAGGACUGCCUGUACCCGAGCCCAUACAGCUGUAACCGUUUCGUGCAGUGUAACGACGCCGGCCUGGCCUACGACAUGCCCUGCGCUGCGAACCUGCACUACAGCGACUCAAAAAAGGAGUGCGAUUACCCCGAAGUGGCCGGUUGUACGCCCCCAACCACGACCACCACCACUACACCCAAGCCUACGCCCCCGCCAUUUGUCUGCCCCGUGGAGGACAUCGCUAAAACACAAUGCAUGGGCCCAACCGACUGUCUGUACCCAUUGGCCGGCAGUUGUGGUCAAUUCAUUCACUGCGAGGUUAACGCGGAUGGCGUGACCGGAAGGCCUACUGUGAAGGACUGUCCGGCGGGUCUGGAGUGGAACAACAGAGACAAACGGUGCGAUUGGCCCGAGUAUUCCACCUGUAAUGACGACGACCAGCCGUCACAACCGCCUCAACCGACCGACAGCACCGGCGCCGUGACAGAGAGUAGCGCUCCGGGCGGCACAUCUGACAGCCCGGCGUCGGCCACCACUCCGGCGCCGGAGUUUGUCUGCCCGGCGGAGGACAUCGCCAGCACCGGGUGUAUGGGCCCGAAGGACUGCUUGUAUCCGCACAGUAAACAUUGCGAUCAAUUCAUACACUGCGAGGUGAACGCCGACGGUGUGACCGGACGGCCCACUAUUAAGGACUGUCCGGCGGGUCUGGAGUGGAACGAUAACGAGAAGAUAUGCGAUUGGCCCGUCAGCUCCACGUGCCCAUCGGUGCCCACCACUGGCCCACCACCGGUGACCACUGGCCAGACAUGCGAUUGUGCCUGUAGUUCACCAACGGCAGCACCGGUAACUACUGAGAUCAUCCCAACCCCCUCUACUGAUGGGUCGGUGAAGUUUAACUGCCCCGUAGAUGAUAUUGCCCGCACCCGGUGUAUAGGCCCCAAGGACUGCCUGUAUCCCCACCCCUCCCAAUGCGAUAAGUAUAUCCAUUGCGAGGUUAAUGCCGACGGUGUGACCGGACGGCCGACUGAAAAGGACUGUCCGGCGAUACUGUUGUGGAACGAUAACCGGAAAGAGUGUGAUUGGCCACAGCUGUCGACCUGUCGGUGGGGCCGAUGGGGUCGAGAUAUGCGGAGCAGAAUUUACCAUAAAUAAUUUUUGACAUGUUUUUGAUUUUAGCAUUUUUCAAUGAGUUUAUUAAAUAAAUUUUUUUGUUAUAAGUUUUUAAAAAA